AUGAGCCAAUUCCACGGGAAGACUCUUCCCUGGUGGCGUCAGAUUCGUCUUUGGUACCUGUGGUGUACGGACAAAAGUCAACGCGUUCGAUUCUACUCAAAGAAGGAAAUGCGUCGUCUCAAUGCAAUCAUCAAGGAGAAAUACGAAAAACUACCACGAGCUCAUGAGCUAGAUAACUUUCCUUCUCCAAUGUUUCUUGAAAGUUGGGGUCUUAGCGCGUCUUUCCAACAGAGAUUCGAGUCAAUCAAUAUUUACGAAGUAAGCGAGGAAAUCAAGUUGAUUGCCGCUGAGGCAGCACUUCGGGACUGCCAGAAUGACCUUAUUUCAUUUGGAGUCAAGGCAACCUACGACUUGCUAUCCGGCGAGGAGCGAGACUGGCAGUACAUUUGCUACUUCUGCGGCACUAAUGAACGUCAUGCUUCCGGCUUCUGCAGCCAGCUCACACGAGUUGAGCACUUCGAUCGCCUCAUCGCCUCUACUGCAGCGGACUAUGAAAUCAGCCUUAAGGCCUACCACGAGUUAGAUGUCAAACUCGAGCUUCAAGUGUUGAAGGAAAAACAGAAGAAAGCGAUGAAGGUUCUGGAGAAGCGUCAACGCAAAGCAAAAGGGCACCAUCGAGACGCGCUUGUUGAUGAGAUUAAACUUCUCGCUCAAAAACAAAUGGAGGAAUACGACGCUUUGCAAAUGAAACUGGAGACAAAAAUGACGCAAGAAAUGCAAAGAAUGUCGGCGUGUUUCGCUAAGACCAUCCAGCAGGAUCGUAAGAGAUAUGUCAAGAUGGACGAGCAGACCGGAGGAAGAAAGGACGUCAAAUAUCGCCAUGAUUUGAAACUCGACCCAAUAUUGUCCCAUGCUGCUCUAUCCACUAUCAAACAGUGGUUAAGCGUUCUCGAGCAAUAG